AUGAUCGGCGCCUCCGUCUUGAUCGCGCCAGCCUCUUCUCUCCUCUCCCACGGUCGAAUCGUUCCUCGAUCGGCUCGAGACAGUAACCUGCGGUCAUCGUCCUUCUCCACAGGAUCUAAGCCAUUACUCACUCCAGCCUCGUCUCGGCCACCCGCAUCCGGCUCUCCCGCAUCGCCCUCGCCUUCGUCCAGCUCAGGCUCCUCGCAGUGGAAGCCGCCCCCUCCUCCACCUUCAGGCUCCACAGCAGCAUACCGCAAGCAGUCACGAAAAGAGUGGCUGCUUGUCGGCGUCGCAGGUUCCGCUGCCGCAGUGGGUUCUUGGUACUAUUGGUCCAACAUUCGUCCGCGUCAUCAAGCCAACAAAGCCGCUGCAGCAGCAAUCGCCGCCAGUUCAGCUCCCUUCUCUCUUACUGCCGAAAGCAGAACAUCCUUCUCGAUCCCCACCCGUCAGGCUCAGGCCGGCGGCCCCACCAACAAGGUGAUCAGCACACUCACAAACGCCGAGGUCGAUCGGCGCCUCACCGAAAAUCAACGCAGCACGCGUGUCGAUCGACCUCAAGGCGCUUGUCUCGUUGCCCGCUAUGACACCAGCUCGGUAGCCAGCAACGAUCCCAUCGAGGACAAGCGCGCAGAGGUGAUUGUCGAACGUGAUCGAGCUGUCGCCGACAAUCGCCCUUCGUCUUCCUCCACUUCCCCAGUCUCGCCGACUCCGAACACAGCCACUGGCAGUGCAAAUGGCGAUCUCUGCUUCUUCGCAGUCAUGGACGGCCACGCUGGCUUUCACACCAGUACGCUUCUCAGCCAGAAGCUCAUCGCCUUUGUCGCGCUCGAGCUCGACAAGGUCUUCAGAGAAGCGGGCGAGUAUGCCGAGAUCGCAAAAGCCAAAUCCGCCAUGCCCAGCAAGCUUUGGCGUGCCAUCGUUGGCGGUACGCCUGGUGCCGGUCCAAGCACGGGCCUGGACGGCGACCCGGAGGUGGUAAAGAGGGCGAUCGCAAAGGCCUUCCGUGGCCUGGACAAGGAGAUCGUCAACACGCCCGUCGAGUUGUUGAAGGAAUACGAGCUGAGCCUUGCCUCCACUUCUUCCAGCUCAGUCUCUUCAGAGAGCGGGGCAGGCAACACCCGAAGCCUCAGCUCCCUCGCCCAUACCAUCUUUCCUAGCUCCAUCAAUGCCGCCUUCACGGCGACGCAGAAGAGCGCCUACGAAAGCAUCCUGCCAGCAAUGUCCGGCAGCUGCGCUCUUUUGACCUACAUCGACUCAGCACGUCAGGACGUGUAUGUCGCGUGCACCGGUGACUCACGUGCCGUAGCCGGCUACUGGGACGAAGACUCGGGCAAGUGGGAGGUGGAAGCGCUCUCCGUAGACCAGACAGGUCGCAAUCCGGAUGAAGUGCGACGCAUGCGCGCCGAGCACCCUGCAUCUGAGUCCGAGAACGUCAUCCAGCGUGGUCGUGUGCUGGGAGGACUCGAGCCCACACGCGCGUUUGGUGAUGCUAGGUACAAGUGGGAUCGCGAGCUUCAAGGUCGGCUUUACGACGCAUUCUUGCCCGGAGGCCGAGCAUCGACACGUGGCCCACCUCGUGGCCUCGAGACGCCACCUUAUGUAACCGCGACACCCGCGGUGGAAUGGCGCAGAGUGGGCGAAACGAGCUCGAGUCCCAACAGAGAGCUCCGCUUCAUCAUCAUGGCCACCGACGGAUUGUGGGAUAUGAUGAGCAACGAGGAGGCUGUCAGCCUUGUUGCCGGCCACCUUGCAGGUAUCAAGGGCACCAUCCGCUCGUCGGAGUUGCAGAGCCACACGUUCCAACCCAUCGACAAGUUGCACUCGCUGCCUUCGGCCGCUUCAAUUCACACACCGUCUUCAUCUGCUGCCACCACCGCGUCGCCGACGACGGAAGCCUCGACAUCGGUCAAAACAGCCUCAUCCGAUGAGCAGAGAGAGCUGGCAGUGUCUAAGCAACACCCGCUUUCCAAGGGACCAGAGACGCUCAGAACGUUCCAGUUCCAAGACGAGAACCUCUCGACCCACCUCAUUCGCAACGCGCUCGGCGGCGCUAACCAGCAACGAGUCGCGGGACUGCUCGCCAUUCCUUCUCCCGAGAGCCGAAGGUAUCGCGAUGACAUCACGGUCAAUGUCAUCCUCUUCAACUCUCCGGCGUCGGCUCCGACGCAGCCACAGUCGGCCACCGGUGCGCAAAGCGGCGAGGGAUCGAGCUCUUCAUCUUCGAUGAAAGCCAAGCUUUGA